CGCGGUUCGUCACUGCUUUUGGCGCGCUGCCCCGUUCAGUUUGGCUCGAGUCUUUGAACAGAGUCGUCGUUGUCGCGUGUGCUCGCGUUUACCUUCGGGUCUAUCCAGUAAAGUUCAAAAGUGAACGUGUGCCUUGACGGUUUGUUAUUUUUUGCUGAAACAGAUAGGGAUUAUCAUCGCCGACUAGUACAAGAUUAGGCGGGGUUCCGGAGGCUGCGCCGAGUGUUUGUCGCUGAUUGUACAACUGGAAUUAUACGGCAAAUAAACACGACUCUACACUCAGCUCAAGGUGCAAGCACCAAAUAGCAACGCUGCCCUGUAGCAGCAGUAGCGCAUCAUCGAAGGAAAAACGACGACGACCCAGACAACGACAAUCACAAGAGCCAAGAGACGGUGGCGGCCCGCUUUCCCGCGAGAUGGGAUGCGACUGUGAAUCAUGCAUAGCGAGGUCGCUAUUGUCGGUGUUCAACUUUGUGUUCUUCGUGCUCGGAUCGAUUGUUCUAGGUGUGGGAGCAUGGCUGGCGGCAGACAAAUCAUCGUUCAUAGCGCUAUUGAAAAUGGUUGAAAGUGAUCAGCUGGAGCACUUCACACAGCCGCAAGUGAUAGAACAACUGGCGUACUGCCUGAUGGCGAUCGGAGCCGUCAUGUUCUUCCUGAGCUUCCUCGGAUAUUGCGGCGCGAUACGGGAAAGCCAGUGUCUGCUGACCACGUACGGCCUGUUCCUGCUGGUGAUAUUGAUUCUGGAGGUGACCGCGUGCGGGCUGGCGGCCGCGUACAAGGACCGCGCCAAAGUCGAAACCAAGAACUACCUGCAGACGACCAUCUCCAAGUACUACUCGAGCCACGACCGCAACCAGUCGGACGCCGUCACGCUGAUGUGGAACUACCUGAUGUCGGAGAUGCACUGCUGCGGCGUGGACGACUACCGGGACUUUGCGCUGUCGGACAAGUGGAACGAGAGCAAGGGCAACCGGAUCAUCCCGGAGGCGUGCUGCAUGCAGACGGCGCUGUUCGAACCGCUGGACCGCAGCUGUCCGUACUCGCCGUCCGACAGCAACAGCUACUACAAACAGGGAUGUUACAACGCACUGAUCGACUGGAUAAUGUACAACCGAAAUUUAGUAAUCAUCGUGGCCAUCGGGGUGGGAUUGGUGCAACUGUUGGCGAUAUUCCUCGCGUUCUGCCUAUGCAAGUCAAUCGAAAAGUACCGCGGUAUGCGGCUGUAAAGCGGAUCCAAAACACUACAACAGCAACAACAUCACGCGUGGGAUCAAGCAGCAAGAGAACAAUCCAUAUUGUAGAGUAAUUAGGACAGAAUCUCAGCGCGAGCCUUUAGCCAGGUCGGCGUCGGGGCGGAACCAAUCACACAUUACGUUCAAAGCAAGAUUAGACUUUUUAGCCGGUAAGACUAAAGCCGUUCGACAACGCGAGAGACAUAGAGAGGAGGAGGGUUAUCGAACGUACAAGUGCACUUCUUUUAUAGACAUCAUCAGAAGAAACACGAUGGCCAUUGCGUUAGCUGCGAAACAAAGCAUACACAAACACUUUAGACAUUCAGAGAAACUUUUUGGCUAGAUCUUUCAAGAGGGAGAAACGGAGAAAAGAUUUGUUUUCUUUCACUUCCGAAUCAGCAGCAUCGAUUGUAGACGCGUGUAAAAAGCAGUAAAUCGACUAUUUUUACAAGCAUGCUUUAUUGAUUCACCUACAGUGUAAGUUAUGUAAUGGUACAUAAAUUCGAAUAUUCGAUUUUAUAUCUACGAUAACCAAUUGUUUUUGUUAAGAAAAUAAAUACAUUAAUUUAAAAACA